UCAAAUUGGCGCUUUGCGGCCCCACAGCCCUCUGUCCUCCCCGCCCAGGGUUGGGGAGGGGGUCUCUCUGGGUAUUAAAAUCACCAUCCCCGCCUUCCUGCCCACACUGAGUCUCGGCGUCACCGUGAGACGUGCCGAGGCCCCGUAACUCUGCUGCCGGUUCCCGGGGUCCCUGCCCGCUUCGGGUGAAAAUCGCUCCCAAGUCCCUACCCUCGGCUAGUUCUGCUUUCGAUCCGGUGGAGGCCGCCGCGUCGUUUUCUUGUUAAAAUGCUUCACUCACCUCCCACUCCCCUGCCCCUGGUCCAGGAAGAGGUGAGGUGGGCUCUCUCUGUGGGGUUUGGUCAGGGCGGGGUCUGUGCCUUGAAGGCGAGAGUGAGUCCAGCCCAGAUCCCGCUGUGGCCCCGGAACGAGUGGGCGUCACAAGGAGGGCAGCGAGUUCUGAAGAAAAGGAAAACAAGGAAACAAAAAAUGCUCACUUGUUUGUCUCUGUGUACUCGACUCCCUCCUGUUGCAGUGUGCAGGAGAGAAUUUGUGUUUUGUACAUGUUGAGGGCCCUCCUCUGUGUGUGCUUGUGUCACAGGAAGAGGGUAUGUUAUUUUAAGCAUUAAACAGCGUAUUUUCAACAUUCAGGAUUCACUUCUCAAGACUGAUUUUAUUUGAGAAAGAAGCCCAAAGGAAGAGGAAAGAAAGAGCAGUCGGAAAUGACUCUUUCCCAGGUGCUGUUAACUUUCAGGGAUGUGGCCAUAGAAUUCUCUCAGGAGGAGUGGGAAUGCCUGGACCCUGCUCAGAGGGCCUUGUACAGGGACGUGAUGUUGGAGAACUACAGGAACCUGCUCUUCCUAGAUAUCUCUGCUAGAUGUGUGAUCAAGGAAUUAUCACCAAAAGAAGAUAUUAACAAAGGAGAAUUAUUCCAAGUAUUGAUGAUGGAAAGACACAAAAGAAAUGACAUCAAGGAUUUUAAUUUUGGGGAAGGUAAGCAAAAUAUGCAUGAGUUCGAGAAUCAGUGUGGAUAUUGUGGAACAAAUUACAAAGGAGUGACUACAGCCCACAACAAAAAGCUCACUGGUAGAAGAAAUCAACAGCAUAACAAAUCCUGGAAUAAUUUCCCUCUAAAGCAGAGUGUUUCUGUAAGAAAAAGUACUUAUCAAUAUAACGCACAUGAGAAGACAUAUUUAAGAUAUUUGUUAAAACUAAAAAAUAACAUAACUUGUGCGGGAAACAAGUAUAUGAAAUGUUUUGAAAAUAGGAUUGGAUUAAGAGUUCAGUCACAUUUGGAACUUCAGGAGUUCCAAAUUGAUGAGAAAAUUCAUGAAUGUAAUCAAGUUGAGAAGUUUAUUGACAAUAGUUAUUCUGCAUCAAAACUUCAAAGAAUUCCUCCUGGUGUCAACAUCAACAUUUGUAAUAAUUCUGGGAAAUUUUUUAUGUAUCCAUCAUUACUUACACAAUGCCAAAAAACACAUAUUAGUGAAAAGCCUUACAAAUGCAAUGCUUGUGGGAAGGCUUUUAGAGAAAGCUCAAGCCUCACUAGUCACCAGAGAAUUCAUUCUGGGCAGAGACCUUACAAAUGUAACGUGUGUGGCAAAGCCUUUACCCAAUUUGCAAACCUUACUAGACAUCAGAGAAUCCAUACCAGAGAGAAACCAUAUAAAUGUAAUAUAUGUGGCAAGGUCUGUAGUCAAAAUUCAAAUCUUGCAAGUCAUCAGAAAAUUCAUACUGGAGAGAGACCUUACAAAUGUAAUGAGUGUGGCAAAGCCUUCUCUGAGCGUUCAAGCCUUACUCUACAUAAGAGAAUCCAUACUGGAGAGAAACCUUAUAAAUGUAAUGAAUGUGGAAAGACUUUUAGAGUAAGCUCGAAUCUCACUAAUCAUCAGAGAAUUCAUUCUGGGCAGAGGCCUUACAAAUGUAAUGAGUGUGACAAAUCCUUUAACCGCACCUCACACCUCACUAGACACCAGAGAAUCCAUACCGGGGAGAAACCAUAUAAAUGUAAUGUGUGUGGCAAGGUCUGUAGUCAACAUUCAAAUCUUGUAAUUCAUCAGAGAAUUCAUACAGGAGAGAAACCUUACAAAUGUAAUGAAUGUGGCAAAGCCUUUAUGGAGCGUUCAAGCCUUACUCAACAUAAGAGAAUCCAUAGUGGAGAAAAGCCUUACAAAUGUAAGGAAUGUGGCAAAGCCUUUAACCAGUCCUCUAACCUUGUCAUACAUCAGAUAAUUCAUACUGGAGAGAAGCCAUAUAAAUGUGAUGCGUGUGGCAAAGCCUUUAAUGUGUGUUCAAGCCUUACCCGACAUCAGAGAAUCCAUACUGGGGAGAAGCCUUACAAAUGUAAUGAGUGUGACAAGGCCUUUACCCAAUUCGCAAACCUUACUAGACAUCAGAAAAUAAUUCAUAUUGGAGAGAAAACCGUAAAAUGUAUUGAAUGUGGCAAAGUCUUUAGACAAUGGUCUGACCUCAGGAUUCACCAAAGAAUUUAUAUUGUAGAGAAAUCUUAAAAAUGUAAUGAAUGUGAUAAAUUGUUUAACAGGUUCUCACAAUGGGCACAUCAGAUAAUUCAUACUAGAGAAAAAACCAACAUUUGUAAUAAAUAUGGGAAAGUUUUUAUGCAUCCUUCAUUGCUUACACAACACCAGAAAACACACAUUAGAGAAAAACCUUACAAAUGUAAUGAGUGUGGGAAGGCUUUUAGCCAUUGCUCAACCUUAGCUAAUCAUCAAAGAAUUCAUUCUGAUGAGAGACCUUACAAAUGUAUUGAUUGUGGCAGAGCUUUUAACAGGUUCUCAAACCUCACAAGGCAUCAGAGAAUUCAUACUGGAGAGAAACCAUAUAAAUGUAAUGUAUGUGGUAAGGAUUUUAUGAUACGUUCGCACCUUUGGAGUCAUGAGCGAAUUCAUACUGGAGAGAAACCUUACAAAUGUAAUGAGUGUGGCAAAGCCUUUUCUGAGCGUUCAAAUCUUGCUCAACAUAAGAGAAUCCAUACGGGAGAGAAACCUUACAAAUGUAAUGAAUGUGGUAAGAAUUUUACCACACGUUCACACCUUUGGGGUCAUGAGAGGAUUCAUACUGGAGAGAAACCUUACAAAUGUAAUGAGUGUGGCAAAGCCUUCACCGGGAGUUCAAAUCUUACUCAACAUAAGAAAAUUCAUACUGGAGAGAAACCAUAUAAAUGUACUGUAUGUGGCAAGGCCUUUAGUCAGAAUUCAAGCCUUAUAGUUCAUCAGAGAAUUCAUACUGGGGAGAAACCUUACAAAUGUCAUGAAUGUGGCAAAGCCUUUAAGCAGUACUCGAGCCUCAUGAAGCAUAAGAGGAUCCAUAUUGGACAGAAGACUUACAAUAGUAUUGAAUGUGACAAAGAUUUUAACCAGUCUGAAAAACUUCUGCAACAUCAGAGUAUUCAUACUCAGCAGGAAUCUUACAAAUGUAAGAAAUGUGGGAAAGUCUUUAGUCAAUCAUCAACUCUAAGUAGACACAAGAAAAUCCACACUGGAGAGAAAUCUUACAAAUGUAAUGCAUGUGACAGAGCCUUUAACGAGUGUACAAACCUUACUCGACAUAAGAGAAUUCAUACUGGAGAGAAACCUUAUAAAUGUAAUAAAUGUGGGAAAGCCUUUAACCAGUGCGCAAACCUUACUCGACAUCAGAGAAUUCAUACCGGAGAGAAACCUUAUAAAUGUAAUAAAUGUGGGAAAGCCUUUAACCAGUGCACAAACCUUAUUCGACAUCAGAGAAUUCAUAUUGGAGAGAAACCUUACAAAUGUAAAGAAUGUGGCAAAGCCUUUAACCGGUGCUCAAACCUUACUCAACAUCAGAGAACUCACACUGGAGAGAAACCUUAUAUAUGUAAAGAAUGUGGCAAAGCCUUUAACUGGAGCUACAGCCUUACUCAACAUCAGAGAACUCAUACUGGAGAGAAACCAUAUAAAUGUAAAGAAUGUGGCAAAGCCUUUAACUGGAGCUACAGCCUUACUCAACAUCAGAGAACUCAUACUGGAGAGAAACCAUAUAAAUGUAAAGAAUGUGGCAAAGCCUUUAACUGGAGCUACAGCCUUACUCAACAUCAGAGAACUCAUACUGGAGAGAAACCUUAUAAAUGUAAAGAAUGUGGCAAAGCCUUUAACUGGAGCCACAGCUUUACUCUACAUCAGAGAGUGCAUACUGGAGAGAAACCCUACAAAUAUAAUGAAUGUGGAAAGAAGUUUGUCCAAAUGUCAAAUCUUAUUGCACACGAGAGGAUCCAUAUUGGAGAGAAGACUUUCAAAUGUGGUGAAUGUGGCAAGGCUUUUAAUCAGUUUGAAAAUCUUACUAAACAUCAGAGUAUUCAUACUGGGGAAGAAACUUACAAAUGUAAUAAUUGUGGGAAAGUCUUUAGUCAAUCAUCAACUCUAAAUAGACAUAAGAAAAUCCAUACUGGAGAGAAAACUUACAAAUGUCACGAAUGUGGCAAAGCCUUUAACCAGUGCUCAAAACUUACUCAACAUAAGAGAUUUCAUACUGGAGAGAAACCAUACAAAUGUCAAGAAUGUGGCAAAGCCUUUAGUCACUGCUCAAAUCUUAUUAAACAUAGGAGAAUUUAUACUGGAGAGAAACCUUACAAAUGUAAAGAAUGUGGCAAAGCCUUGAACAACUGCUCAAAUCUUGUUAAACAUCAGAGAAUUCAUACAGGAGAGAAACCUUACAAAUGCAUAGAAUGUGGCAAAGCCUUUAACCAGUGCUCAAACCUUACUAAUCAUCAAAGAAUUCAUAAUGGAGAGAAGCCUUACAAAUGUAAAGAAUGUAACAAAGAAUUUAAAUGGAGUUACAGCCUUACUCAACAUAAGAGAACUCAUACUGGAGAGAAACCAUACAAAUGUGAAGAAUGUGGCAAAGCCUUUAGCCAGGGCUCAACACUUACUCAACAUCAGAGAAUUCAUACUGGAGAGAAACCUUACAAAUGUAAAGAAUGUGGCAAAGCCUUUAACCAGUGCUCAGAACUUAAUAAACAUCAAAGAAUUCAUACUGGAGAGAAACCUUAUAAAUGUAAUAAAUGUGGGAAAGCCUUUAACCAGUGCUCAAACCUUACUCAACAUCAGAGAAUUCAUACUGGAGAGAAACCUUACAAAUGUAAAGAAUGUGGCAAAGCCUUUAACAGGAGCUACAGCCUUACUCAACAUCAGAGAACUCAUACUGUAGAGAAACCUUAUAAAUGUAAAGCGUGUGGCAAAGCCUUUAACCAGUGCUCAAACCUUGCUCAACAUCAGAGAAUUCAUACUGGAGAGAAAUCUUAUAAAUGUAAAGAAUGUGGCAAAGCCUUUAACCAGUGCUCAAACCUUGCUCAUCAUCAGAGAAUACAUAGUGGAGUGAAACCAUACAAAUGUAAAGAAUGUGGCAAAGCCUUUUACUGGAGAUAUAGCCUUAUUCAACAUCAGAGAGUACAUACUGGAGAGAAACCUUACAAAUGUAAUGAAUGUGGAAAGACCUUUCUCCAAAAUAUACAGUUUAGAAAACACCAGAGAGUUCAUACUGGGGAAAAAAACUUUAAAGAUAAUUCCUUUGAAUGUAAGGAGUGCGGGAAGGCCUUUAGUCGUGGCUAUCAACUUACCCAACAUCAGAAAAUUCACACUGGUGAGAAACCCUAUGAAUGUAAAGAAUGUAAAAAGGCCUUUCGUUGGGGUAAUCAGCUUACUCAACAUCAGAAAAUUCAUACUGGUGAGAAACCUUAUGAAUGUAAGGACUGUGGGAAGGCCUUUCGAUGGGGCUCAAGCCUCGUUAUUCAUAAGAGAAUUCAUACAGGGGAGAAACCCUAUGAAUGUAAAGACUGUGGGAAGGCCUUUAGACGUGGUGAUGAACUCACUCAACAUCAGAGAUUUCACACUGGUGAGAAAGACUAUGAAUGCCAGGACUGUGGGAAGACUUUUAGCCGUGUGUAUAAACUAAUUCAACAUAAGAGAAUUCAUAGUGGUGAGAAACCCUAUGAAUGCAAAGACUGUGGGAAGGCCUUUAUUUGUGGCUCAAGCCUCGUUCAGCAUAAGAGAAUUCAUACCGGUGAAAAGCCCUAUGAAUGUCAAGAAUGUGGGAAGGCCUUUACUCGUGUCAAUUAUCUUACUCAACAUCAGAAGAUUCAUACUGGUGAGAAACCUCAUGAAUGUAAGGAAUGCGGGAAGGCCUUUCGUUGGGGUUCAAGUCUUGUUAAACAUGAGAGAAUUCAUACGGGUGAGAAGCCAUAUAAAUGUGCAGAAUGUGGGAAGGCCUUUAACUGUGGCUAUCACCUUACUCAACAUGAGAGAAUUCACACUGGUGAAACGCCUUAUAAAUGUAAGGAAUGUGGAAAGGCCUUUAUUUAUGGGUCAAGCCUUGUUAAACAUGAGAGAAUUCAUACAGGGGAGAAACCCUAUGAAUGUAAAGAAUGUGGGAAGGCCUUUAGUCACGGCCAUCAACUUACACAGCAUCAGAAAAUUCAUACUGGUGAGAAACCCUAUGAGUGUAAGGAAUGUGGAAAGGCAUGUAACCAUGUAAACCAUCUUAGGGAACAUCAGAGAAUCAUAAUGUUGAAAAACCUUUUGAAUACAAAGAAUGUACGAAAGCUUCUAUACAGCAUUCAUUCCUUCCACAACAUGAGGAACAUUCGUGAUAUAAAUUAACAUAAGAAAGCCUUCACUGGUCACUCUUCUGCUUAUAAAAUAUCAGAAUAGUCAUACUAGAGGCAAAUCUGGAGAAUGGGAAAGUCACCCCUAACGAUCACAACAUACUCAGUGUAGAUUUUUUUACUGGAUAGGUUAGUUUAAUGAAUGCAUAGAAGCUUUCCAGUACCAUUCCAUCUCUAUCACAUUUCAGAUUCAUUCUAGGGAAUAACUGUGCUGAUAUAUUGUCAGGAAGCCUUUUGUCAUGAUACAUACCCCACCUGUUAUCACCAUCCCACCUCUACUCCCUGUGAGACACUGGGCAAAUUACCUGUUACCACUGUGCAUCCUUUGUGAAGUGGGGAGAAUCACACCUAACACUGCUAUUGUGGUGGUUGUGUUUGGUACAUGUAAACUCCUUGAAAGUGUAUCUGAAAUAUUGUGUAAGCUCAAUAAAUAGUAGCUGCUGCUGUUGUUCUCAUCAUUACCACAUUGCUCUUAGGGAAUUAUUACAAGAAGAUCCCUAUGGGAGCAAUGAGUUUAGAAAAAACUAUCAAACUUCUAGAAGAAAAUGUAGAUUAUUGUCACAAUCUUGGGCUACACAGUGUUUCUUAGCAUACAAAAGACACGAAACAAAAAGUUAGUAAGUUGGAUUUUAUCAAAAGUACAAAGUUGUGUUCAUCAAAUGACACCAGGAAGAUAGUGAAAAAGCAGGAAGCAGAAGGAGAGAAGAUAUUCACUCUAUGUACACCUGACAAAGGACUCACAUAGAAAAUAUAAAGAAUCCUUCAAGUCAGCAAACAACAAAUCAAUUAAAGGAAGGGGAGGAGGUGGACUUGAAUAAGCACUAAAGAUCACCAAAUGCCAAUAAGUCAAUGAAAAUGUGUCCAGCAUCAUUACUCAUCGAGGCAAUGCAAAGUAAGACCACCAUGUGAUGUCGCUAGAUGCUCACCAGAAUGGCUAAAAUUAAAAUUGUGUAAGAACAGGUCUCUUUGUUGGACAUUCAAACAUGAGCUGUUCAGGAAGGAACUGGGCCAGCAAACUGGACCUCUACCAGAUCCUGGAGGUCCCGCAGCAGGGACAGGGGCAUGGUGUUCGAGGGAGGUGAGUGGACUUGUCCUGGGGAAGGAGCCAGGCCCAGGAUCGAGUAUUGGAAGAGUUGAGGGCAGUUAGACUUGGGAGAGACCUGAGCUGUCUUAAGAUAGGUCAGUCCUAGAGUGAAGGGAGUGGGUUGUCUUGGGGAAAGGACUAGACCCCAGGGCCGGCUUGGUGGCAUAGCAGUUAAGUGCACACGCUCUGCUUCGGCGGCCCG